AUGGUUUGUGAGUUCGAGCCCUGCGUUGGGCUCUGUGCUGACAGCUCAGAGCCUGGAGCCUGCUUUGGAGUCUGUGUCUUCCUCUCUCUCUCUGCCCCUCCCCCGCUCGCACACGUGCAUGCACUCUCUUUCUCUCUCUCAAAAAUAAACAUUAAAAAUUUUUUUUUUAUAAACGUGCAGGCAUAGAGCAUAGACCAUGGAAUGAAACUGUAGGAAUGUAACUCCCAGCUCCGCCAGAUGUUGUGCCUCAGUUUCUUCAUCUGUAAAAUGGAGAAUUAAGCCUGUAGAAAGGGGGAUGGCAACAUUUUCUAGCUUUUAGAUAGAAGUGUGAGAUAGAAGUGUGAUAGCAGUGUGAGGGCUGAGGUAAUACAGGUAAGUUGAUCAUAGGAAUGCCUAACUCAUACUAAGAUCUAAUACACAUUGCUAUUGUAUCAUUAGUUAAGAAAAGGAAAAUGCUUAGAGGAAGACCUUUCUGGGUUUGACCUGACUCCCAUGUUGGGAGUUUCCACCCCCACGCCCUGCUGUGUGCAAUAGAGAUGAAGUGAAGAUUUUUGAGAGUUCAGCCCCUAUGCUCUCUGACAUCCGUUAGCAUGACCUGUGCAUAAAAUUGCAAAUUGUACCAGCUACUUCACGACAGAGUAGCCGCCUCUGAGUAGCUGCUCUUACGUGCUUAAUAAUUUUCAGGAGUAAGUUUUGCUUUUAUUUUUGUGUUUGAAAUUUUUAAAACAAAUGUGAUUUUAGUUAAAAUUUAUUAAGGUGUAGCAAUUCAGGUCUUUAGCAAGACAGAUAAAUAUAUUUCCGUCAAAAGUGAUGGGUUCAUCAUUCCAGAAGUUUAGUAGUAGUUCUGAUCUGCAAAUUUAGAUGGCUCAAGUUGGGAGUAUUUGAAAAUUUGGUACCAGACCUUUCACAUUGCUUCUUGUCCAUUUUGCUUCUUGCUUUUUCCCUGAUGGCUUUUUGUUGUUUCUAAUAAGUCUUCUUCCAGAGUAUGCUUUAGUUCAUAAACUGUAUAGGAUUACACCUUAAAAUGAAGCUUCAUUGUGACCCAAAGAAGAUAAUAUGUCAAAUCUCUGGAAUCCUCAUGUCUACAGCGGAACAAAUCUUUUCCUCGGUGUUGAAAAUAAAAACCUUGGAAAUGUACUAUUUUUUAAAAAUGUUUUAUUUUUGAGAGGGCACCAGUGGAGGAGGGGCAGAGAGAGGGACAGGGAAUCUGAAGCAGGCUCCACACUGUCAGCAGUGAGCCCGAUGUAGGGCUUGAACUCACGAACCACGAGAUCAUGAUGUGAGCCGAAGUCUGCCGCUCAACCGACUGAGCCACCCAGGCGCCCCAGAAAUGUACCGUUUUUUAUGUAGCUGCAUUUCAUUCCUUCCAAUCCCUGGGAACUAUGCCAUUUUUGGGUCAGGACUGGAGAUCUCCUGGAUGGAGCUGGAUUAAAACAGAAGAUGGAUGGAAGAGGUGUGAAUCCUGGAGUCGGGAACUUGAGAGAGAGAAUAACCAGCGCAACCUGAGUCACAGCAUUAUCUUAAAUAGUGACGAUGAAGAAAUAUUCAGUAAUGAAGAGCAGGAAUACACAUCCAAAAAGAGGAAAAAGGAUCAUUUUAGAAACGAUACAAAUACUCAAUGUUUUUAUCGUGAGAAAUGGAUCUAUGUCCAUAAAGAAAGCACGAGAGAACUGUUCUGUGUCUGUUUCCAGAGGCACGGCUAUUGUACUUUGGGAGAGGCUUUUAAUCGCUUAGACUUCUCCAGUGCAAUUCAGGAUAUUCGGAGGUUCAAUUACGUGGUCAAGCUCCUGCAGCUCAUCGCGAAAUCCCAGCUGACCUCGCUGAGCGGCGUCGCCCAGAAGAAUUACUUCAACAUUUUGGACAAAAUCGUCCAGAAGGUGCUCGACGACCACCAGAACCCCCGCCUCAUCAAGGAUCUUCUCCAGGACCUGAGCUCCACCCUGUGCAUCCUUGUCCGCGGGGUCGGGAAGUCCGUGCUGGUGGGGAACAGCAACAUCUGGGUGUGCCGUCUGGAGACCGUUCUUGCCUGGCAGCAGCAGCUGCAGAACCUUCAGAUGACUAAGCAGGUGAACGACGGCCUCACGCUCAGCGACCUCCCACUGCACAUGCUCAACAACAUCCUGUACAGAUUCUCCGAUGGCUGGGACAUCGUGACACUGGGCCAGGUGACCCCGACCCUGUCUGCGCUCAGUGAGGACCGGCAGCUGUGGAAGCGGCUGUGUCAGUACCACUUUGCGGAGAAGCAGUUUUGUAGACACCUGAUCGUUUCGGAGAAGGGCCACGUGGAGUGGAAGCUCAUGUACUUUGUGCUGGAGAAGCACUACCCAACCCGGGAGCAGUACGGGGACACCCUGCACUUCUGCCGGCACUGCAGCAUCCUCUUCUGGAAGGACUGCCGCCUUGCUUUGUUGUUCAAGGACUCGGGGCACCCCUGCACGGCCGCCGACCCCGACAGCUGCUUCAUGCCUGUGUCUCCACAGCACUUCAUCGACCUGUUCCGGUUCUGAAGGUGCCGUCGCUGCGGGAGGGGCAUCAACACCGGGUGGCACCCACACCAGGCAGCAGCCAGCGGUGAGGAUAGGGACAUGAGGACGAGGACGACGUGGAGAACGCUCCCCCGUGUGGCCAGGGCUGUGGGGCUGGUUUCAGUUUCAAAGGGGGUCAGGGCACCCAAGCAAACGCAUUUCUACUCUCUCCUCUAGAAAGUCCUUUUCAUCCAAGUCUACUAAAAUUGGCAACUUUGCAGAUUUAUAAGUACGGUUCAGUCAGAUUCUGGAUUUUUAGCACCACACUGUGUGCUGAGCUGACACUAACAGCUAAUGCUGUUCUUUCUAACUGUCCAAUGAUAGUUUCCUGAUUUCGUAGUCAUGAGAGGCAGGGGACAGAGUAAGUGAGCCUUGUAGAUACCGGGUGCAGAGUAUUUAUUUUUCUUCGUGUGUGUUAACUGCACUGGCUGUGUCCAAGCGAACCCUCUGCGCAUUGAACCUCGGGAGACGUGUGGUGUCUCUGUGUUCGGUGGUCGGGCUGUGAACUCUGCACAGCUUCGUGGCCGGCAGAGGCGGUGGUGGGGUGCUCCUGGUGAACCACGGGGCAGCAGCCGGCCACGGAGCAUGCGCCACGGCAAGGAGGAGGAGGGACAGCCCUCGGCCUCGACUGCCCUGUACUGGAGCUCCUUUUACAGACAGAGUAAUAAAUCUUGUCUGUCUACCGAUGGAGCUUCUGUUUUGCAUCUUUCUGGAAAAGUGUGAGUGAUUUUGAUAUCAUUUAUUUAAACUUUUAAAAAAGAUUGCCUUAUUUUUAAAAUAAUGCACGUCUAUUUUAGAUAAUUUUGAAAAUAAAGGUGUUAAAAAAGAAUAUAAAAAUCCCCCAUAAUCCUGCCCCUGGAGGGGCCUGCUGUCUCUUGCCAGAAAGGAUGUUGCCACCCCCACCCGCUGUUGGAGAGAAACACAUCGUGGAUUCCGAUCUUUCAGUAGUGUCAGGGACCACCCGCCCCCCCCCCCGCGGAAUCAUUUCUACUUUGUCCUUUAGUGUUUGUUCCUGCCAAGUGUAUUGGAAUGGUUUGCAGUUUUGCGUGCUUGUAAGUAAAGAUUCUGCACCUUCGGUGUCCUGUCCUGUAUUGUCCUGAUGCUGGGGGCACAGCUUGUACGCGGUGCACAGUCGCUUCCCGCGGAAUGGCCGUGGAGCCCAGGAUGUCUGUGUCUUGUGUGAGAGCUUCUCAUGGAGCGUAAGCCUCCGUUUACCGUUUUCACUUUAUGAGCAACCGUUUUCUCAACAGCAUUUUGAAAGCAUGGUUUUCAUUGGUUGCUCAGCACCAUCCAGACCGGUCUUUGUUGUCAGGGCCCGCGGGCUGUGCAGCUGGUACCUCCUCAAGACAAACGUGUCGAAGGAUGUUUUCAGACUGUCCUGUGAACAGAAGUUGUCACAACCGGAGACAACGGUGUUGAGUCCCUAAGGACGGCCACCCCCACGUCCUGUUCCCUCGGCGCUUUUCCUAAGGGAAGGACGAGGCGUGGCGACAUUUCCUUUUCUUUGUCGGCCAUUCGCUUCUGCUUUUGGUCAGUUACCUAACGUGUACCUUUUGCCUGUUGCCUUUUGUAUUAAUUUCUUCUAAAGAGGAUAUUGAAGUUUGGGCUCUUUUCCCCAAACAAUGGUGAUGGUGUCGCAGGGACAGGAGCACAGCCUGUCUCUGCACAGGGGACGCAGUCAGACCCAGACCUGGGAUGCGCGAGGCCCAGGUGCGUGCGC